UUGUUCGUUCACGCUCAGGACGAUUUUGCCGGGAGCUACCUCCACAACGACGCCGACCGCGAGGGGUUCCGCGAAUACCUCGACGGCGCCCUCACCCACGAUCUGGCGCACAUCGAGCAGAGCUACCUGCGGCGCCGUGGCAGCAAUUUCUGGAUGGCCGAACUUGAAGGGCAAGUGGUGGGUUGCAUCGGUGCCUACCGUCGGGACGAAGAAGAAGUGGAGAUCCGGCGUCUAGCGGUGGACCGUUCCGCUCGGCGUAAGGGUGUGGCCUCACCGCCUGUUGGAUGA